UAUUUUUCAUGCUUCAUGUUUUUUCUUUUUCUUUGUUUGGUAAUUUGUUUUGUUUCAACUAUCAGUCUAAGAACAUGUUUGUGCCAAUUCUUUACAGGAAUCGGCCUCGUCGGGUUCAGCUCCUCGACGCUCGUCACGCUCGGAGGCUGUGCCCCGGAGCACCGAGCCGCCCUCCUCCCCGUAAAUGCCACCACCGGCACCGCCAUCCCCGGCGUGACUGCCUCCUCCGCCGUCCUCUGCCUCAACCACCGCAUGGAGAGCCCCACCCUUUGGCUUGCACUUGGAGGGUUCGUUCUGAUCGCCUACUGUCUCGUCCACAGAGUGAAAGGUGCCAUGAUUUAUGGCAUUGUAGUCGUGACCGCGAUCUCUUGGUUCCGGAACACCCCUGUGACUGCAUUUCCGAACACACCAGCCGGCAAUCAGGCCUACUCAUAUUUCAAGGAAGUGGUUAGCCUCCACAAAAUCGAAAAGACGGCCGGCGCGUUCGACUUUUCGGAUUUCGGGAAAGGGGUGUUUUGGGAAGCCUUAGUCACUUUCCUCUAUGUCGACAUAUUGGACACAACCGGGACAUUGUAUUCUUUGGCUAGGUUUGCCGGUUUUGUCGAUGAGUCGGGCAACUUCGAGGGGCAAUAUUUUGCUUUCAUGAGCGAUGCAACGGCGAUCGUGAUCGGAUCGUUGCUUGGGACAUCGCCGGUGACUGCAUACAUCGAGUCAUCGACCGGAAUCAAAGAGGGGGGUCGAACAGGUCUAACUGCAUUGAUGGCCGGAUUUUACUUCUUUCUGGCGUUGUUCUUCACGCCGUUGCUGGCGUCGAUCCCCGCAUGGGCGGUCGGCCCGCCGUUGAUCUUGGUCGGUGUGAUGAUGAUGAGAUGUGUGACUGAGAUUGAUUGGGAGGACAUGAAGCAAGGGAUCCCUGCCUUUGUUACAUUGCUCCUUAUGCCCUUGACCUACUCCAUAGCCUAUGGGCUCAUAGGUGGGAUUGGGACAUAUGUGGUGCUGCAUUUGUGGGAUUGGGGGGUUCAAGCAUGGGUUUAUUUUGGGAAUAAGAAUGGUGCUAGUGCUAAUGACAAUUCUAAUGGGAGGAUACACAUGGGUGCUACAACUAAUGGAAAUACAAGUACAGUAUGAUACUAGGGAAAUCUUAGGUGUCUUUUUUAUGGAACAACACCAUAUACAACAUUGAUGUGUACUACAUGGUGGACCACACUGCUAUGCAGUGUCGAAUCUCUCUUCAAGGAACGGUGAUGGCAGGCGAUUGCCAAGUAUCUUCAAUAUCCACCAUCGGUUCAACCCGACUAGCGAACUAGAUCUCGGGCUAGUGAAUUAGAUGUCACUGUGGUGCACCAUAUCCAAACACCUCCAAUAUGGUGUACCUUGUCUAUUCCCCCCUUUCUUUCUUUUUUUCUUUUUAUCUUUUUAUACUAGUUAUAUUGAAAGGAUGAAUUAUUCAUGUUUGCCCAGUAAGGGCUCUUCGGACUUUGUGAUGUGAAAUAUUCUUCGUGUAGAUAUGCUCGUCAAUUAUAUUCUUCUUGUAUUGAAU